AUGGCAACUCUAGAUUAUCUACCUGCCACAACAUACCGGCCACCGACUUCACCUGUGCAGGCACAGAGACGACGAAGGCUUCUUAAUACAAUAAUGGAAGAUGAAGAAGAAUCGAUACGUGGUUCAAAACACAUGGAAAUGCGAGGUCAAGAUAGAUCCUCCCAUAAGGCAGACUGGCUUUCUCCACUCAGCGAUCACUUUCCAACACCUCGAGCGAAUCAAUUCAUGCAACCAUAUCGUCCAGCUUCACCAUCUUGCUCGGAUUCAAGCAGAGACUCAACCUCUGCUCCUUCAUCCGCACCAUGGACAAGAGCAAGUUUUACAACUGAUGCUACUGACUUCGAUGAUCUUUACGAUGUUUCAUCUGACGAAGAUAAUCGAAGGGGCAGCACUUUGAGACGAAGGGCCAGUAUUGGGCAGUCUCCAAGAUCGAACAGAUCAUCCACAAGUUCAAUCGGAAGCAGAAAUUCCCUAAGCUCAUUACCCUCGCUUGUGAUCCCCCCAAAUGGAGAUCCAUGGGCUGAAGUCACAGCAUUCAAACGACAAUUGGCAUCUCCAGUGCCCCCAACACCACCUCCAAGAGUAGCCAUGUCUCCUGCUGUCCUUACGUUCUUGAAGAAUCAAGAGAAUCUAUCAGUUCCAUCCUCUUCGACUCCGCCGUCAUUGGAUGGAAGCAUGGAUUCAGAGCAGAUGGCUCAAAUGUCUGCUCCACCAACUCCAGAUAUUGGUUACGACAGCGAAGAGGACGGUCCUCGUGCUAGCUGGAGAAUUCAAUUGCAACCUGCUGCUAUGGCUACCUUGGAGGCGAUCUCAGGUCCUUCUAAUGACUACCUCGAGGAGCAGCAAUUGGAACAAGUCAUUGAACUAAGUACUGUACCACAAGAAAUCGCUCCCACUCAAGAAAUGCAGCAAAGCUUGCCACCUUUGAACACCAAUAUUCAUCGCGCUAAUUCACUGAUUCUCACCCCAAGCCAACAAAGAGCUAUGGAAAGUCUAACAAACCUAGAAAUACCAUCUCCUGGUGGCUUCUUCGCAUCUUUAGGUCAUGGUGCGAGGCAUACCUGGCACCUUGUACCUGUCACGCCCGAUGAACCUCUCCCUCCUUCAUCAACCACCGCGGAAAACUUUUACAACACCCCAUGGGCACCACAACCAGUUGAGCGUAUUAUCGAAGUUCCAGAGCCUGCUGAUACUGAUGGGCCACCAACAGCUAAACUCAUCCGACCAGAGAUCCGCCACGAUAAUUCUGACGAAACUAUUGUUGCUAUCAGAUCGCCUCCGCCAAAUAAAACUAGCUUUGAGGAGGUCAUUGUAGCUGAUGAAAUUUUGACCGAUUACGCACCUGGAUAUAUUAACAAGCUUGAGGAUACUGCGACUGUUAAUAUUGAUCGCACUGCACUGUGGCUCGCAGCUCAACAUGAUUACCUUUCAGAACUCAUCAACCCUACAGAGGCACGUGAUGACGAAGUCGCCUUGUUGAAGCGAGCUUCCAGUGUAAGAUUCUCAGCAGCAGAAAUGGCAAUCUCACCAAUUGAGCCAGAGCCACUCCCUUUGCAGCGUAAAAAGACCGUUCACUUCUCUACAGACUCUAUCAAUGAUGUCUCUACUCCAGCAGCUGCUACUGCUACGCUUGCUAAGCUUGCUGGAAAGUCUUGUCCACUACCUAAAGCCCUUCCCCAAGAAUCGACCUAUCACCGUGCCUUCAAACGAUCGAUUCGCAAAACUCAUCGCCGUGAUGUAUUCGUGCAUCGGGUGCCCAGAUUUGAAGCUAUCCAAUCUCAACGAGUAUCUUUUCCAGCAGCUCAUCGUGCCCAUCUCCUCGGUAAAUACCAAUUGAGCGUUCUUCCAAUGUCCGCCAAGCGCCGCAUGUCUUCCAACGUGGCUCGUGGUGACGAAACUCCAUUUGAAGAUCUAGACAAGCUAAAGCACGACAAAGAGAUCGAAGCUCUCGAACAAAUGGCACCUGCAGCCUGGAAUGUCGCAGCAACUAAAUUGCUCAACGGAGGUCGCUUAAUCGCAGCUCCUGUUGCCAAACGUCUUGCAAGACUCUCCUCCAUGGGUCCCACUAUUAACGGCACCCCUAGAGACCGUGCCCGUAUUCUUGAUCUUGGCGGACAAGCUACUUGUGAUUGGGCAUGGCAAUGUGCUACCGAAUAUCCCAACUGUAAAGUAUACACGGUGACUACCAAAUCCCUUCGCCAACUCUCUAACUCCAACAUUCGCGGCCCUAAGAAUCUUCGCCAAGUAGCCGUGGAGCGUCUCGUUAAGCUUCCAUGGAAAGACAAUCAAUUCGACCUCAUCUCCGCUCGCGAAAUCUACAGCAUUCUCAAGGAGCGCGGUGAGAACGGGGAAGAUGAAUGGGAAGCUUGCCUUAAUGAAUGCAUGCGUAUUCUUAAGCCAGGUGGGUAUCUUGAUUUCUCCAUCAUGGAUUCAGAUAUUGUCAACGCAGGUCCAAUGGGUUUGGCCAAGAGUGUCGAAUUUGGAUUCAACCUCAAGACUCUCGGGUACGAUCCAGCCCCCACCAAACUCUGGCUCGGUCGCUUGAAGCGCGCGGGUUUUGUAGGUAUCAAACGCGCAUGGGUAUUUUUGCCAAUGGGCGCAGACCCGGAACAUAAAUUUGACGUCGAGAGAAAUAGCGUGGAUGACCCAUUGGAAAUGGAAGCAAUUAUCAGUGGGACUACAGGAGAUGCAGCUUGUGUUUCUGGGUUAGUCGGUGGCUGGGCAUGGGAGAAGUGGUUGCUGAGAUGUAGAGUUCAGACAGUGGGUAAUGAGGGAACUUUGGAGGGUGUACACAAUCUUAUUGAAGAGGGUAGAGCUUGUGGUGCUGGAUGGAGGACCGUGAAUGGAUGGGCUAGAAAGCCAUUGGGAAGAGUUUAG